AUGGUGCUUGGUCGUUUUGCGUUACUAAUGCUCGCGGGAGCCGUAAGCCAUGUCAACUGCUGGAACUCACCAAACACGUAUUAUCCAGGAGUAGGUGAUAGAACGUUUGGAAGUAACCGAGGAUACGGUCAGGGGAACGCUUUCGGUGGAGCAUGGAAUCAAGGACAAUUUCAAGGAGAUCAAGGGUUGGGCCCUGGCUUUGGGAAUAGCCAGUGGGGUGGAGACGGUAAAUCUUACGGAUCUGGAGGAGCAGGAAGUGGAUUACCCGGUUCUGGAUACAACGGAGCUGUAGGUAAUAAUGGAGCACCUGGAAACGACAAUGGGGCUGCCUUUGGUUCAGGUCAAGGUUUAGGGUUUGGAAACAAUGGACAGUUUCCUACAGGACCAUUUCAAGGAGGAAACUAUGAAGGUUUCACUCCAGGGACCGGAGGUGCCACAGGUAGUGCCGGUUUAGGACCCGACGGAUCCUUGGGUGCGCCCGGUUUAGGUGCUUAUGGCGGUAGUGGUGGAUCAUCGCCAGCAGGAGGGUUUAAUGGCGCAGGAUCAUCAACUCCCGUUACUAGUGGCUCAUAUGGAGGACCAGCAUCUGGUCGUCCUGCAGGAGCUGGACCAGCGCAACAUUUUGGAGAUGCUGGGUUGAGUUCCGGAGGAGUGAGGCCAGAGGUUAAGGGAUCAAAUCCACCAUCCAACGGGCAACAACCAACAAAUAUUCCUUCAGGCACUAAAGAAGUUGGUGCAGGAACAGGAGCAACAACAGGAGCGUCAGGUCCUGGAGCUGGAGCUGCUACUCCUAACGUACCUUUUACCGUUCCCGGAUCUCGUCCUGGUGUUGUUUAUUAUGUGAACCCAGCAGCUAUACCUGCAUCGUAUCCAAAGCCUUACGGUGCACCAGCAGGUUUUGGUGGUUAUGGUGGUGCCGGUAGAUACCCAUGGCAAGGUACAGGCUAUGUGUACCGAGUCCCAGUGGCCCAUGUGAACCCCGAUGGUAGCUACGGCUUUUCCUACCAAACGCCACAUUCGACUCGGGAAGAGGCAGGUGAUAGCAAUGGAAACGUUGACGGAAACUAUGGCUUCAACAACGAUGGCGCGAAACAUAAUUUCUCCUUCAGUGCUGGUCCCGAUGUAGAUUUGCGUACAGGCUUUGGUAGAAACCCAAGUGAAAUUGAUCCAACCGACUUCGGACCGCAGUCGGUUCACUCAAGAGGCCGGGUGCCGACGUUUCUACGCAAUGGUGCUGAUGGUUGGGAAGGUACCAUAGGCGGCACUCCCGUAACGACUGGAAGGCCUCAGGGUAACGGAGCAGAUGGUCCCAGUACGACCAGUGGCGCAAAUUCCUCAAACGGUCCUGAUGAUAGCACUCUUCGUGUGCUGGGAUUGCCAACAACAUCCCCCUCGACAGGUGGCUCAACACCACGUGAUCAGACAGUACGGGGAACUACUGAGGCAUAUAGUAACCCUAACGCUGGCAAUCAACUAGGUGUCGUACGUAAUACUGCAACUGUUAGUCCAAUCGGCAGUUCAAACGAUCGCACAACAUCAAGCGGAAUCGAUGAGGACGGCUUAACUACUCAGCAAGAUACUGAAGACUCAACGGAUUCAGUAAACAGCCUAAGAGGAUCGUUUAAUCAGGCUACCGAUGGCUCAGAUAGCCAAACCACUCGCCGUCCUCAACAGUCACCGAUCGAGCAAGUGGUUGCUCGUCCAGAAAAUGAUCCGCGAGGUUCCUUCGCGAACAAUAAUCUAGGUGGUCCGAACGAUUUGCAGUUUCCUGCGGGAACCGGUGUUGGGUUUCGUCCAACCGGUGGGAGCCUGGAUGAUCCGAAUGGUCUAAGAAAUAGAGCUUCAUCUUCCUUGGGACCGAAUGGCGUAGGGUCUCAAACGGCUGGCCCACGUCGGGAUGGUUCGUACCCAUUCGGAUAUCAAGCACCGGCUUCUACCCAACAAGGAGCCGCCAAUGGAGCGGGCAAUGUACGGGGCCCAUUUGCGUAUAACAAUCCGGCGGGUCGUAACGACGGCUUCCGAUCCGAUGGUAGCUUUUCUGCGCCAAAUGGUUUAGGUCCCGCAGGAGUUUCUCCUCCUGGUGGUGCCGGAGGAGUGUUGGGUGCUGGUGGAUUCAGAGGACCCGGCUAUGAUGGAAGAUAUCAAUUUGGUUAUCGUGCACCUGACUCAGAGCGUGAAGAAUCAUCGGAUGGUGCUGGUAACGUACGAGGAUCUUACGCGUACAACAAUGAGGCAGGAAGGAAUGAUUUACAGUACGUGGCGGGUCCUGGCACCGGAUUCCGUCCAACGGGUGGAAGCCUUUCCGUUCCAAAUGGACUCGGUGGAGCUGGUAACGGAUUUGGAUCUGGUAGUUCUCCAGGAUCUGGUAAUGGAUUUGGAUCCGGUGGUGCUCCAGGAGCUGGUAAAGGAUUUGGAUCCGGUGGUGCUCCACGAGCUGGUAAUGGAUUUGGGUCUGGUGGAGGCCUAGGAGCUGGUAAUGGAUAUGGAUCUGGUGGUGCUCCAGGAGCUGGUAAUGGAUAUGGAUCUGGUGGUGGCCUAGGAGCUGGUAAUGGAUUUGGAUCUGGUGGUGCUCCAGGAGCUGGUAAUGGAUUUGGGUCUGGUGGUGGCCUAGGAGCUGGUAACGGAUAUGGAUCUGGUGGUGCUCCAGGAGCUGGUAAUGGAUUUGGAUCCGGUGGUGCUCCAGGAGCUGGUAAUGGAUUUGGAUCUGGUGGUGGUCCAGGAGCUGGUAAUGGAUUUGGAUCCGGUGGUGCUCCAGGAGCUGGUAACGGAUUUGAAUCUGGUGGUGCUUUAGGAGCAGGCAAUGCAUUUGGAUCUGGUGGUGGUUUCAACAAUCGGGGAGGAUUGGGCGGGCCCUCUACCGUCACCAGAAGUCCCCAGGAUGUGCUCCCAUCUGGACGCUGGAAUACUGGAAACGGGGCGUUUGCCACUACGAGCGGAUCAUUGCAGCCUGAUAGUGCAUCGACGUCGCGUAAUGUAGCCGAUGAAAGCACUACCGGAAACUUUGAUGAUACACAGCAAACCACAACCUUUGGUAAUGGAGGACGUUUCUAA